CCUAUAAUACCAAGAACCCUAAUCCCAGUUUCAUGAAAGCCAGGGAGAAAUGUCGAUGACCGCCCCCUCCAGGGACGAGCUUCUCGCGAUUGUCCGCAAGUAUUCGAGCUCUCUCGGCCAGACUAUCGCGCGCGAUGGGGAGGAGAGCGGGGAUUCGCACUUCUGGCAAGAAAUGCUGGACAUGUUCUUCGUCCGUGGUCUCGUGCAGUCGAAAACAACUAGCGACGAUCUUCUCUUCUUCGUGAAUUUGCUCAGCUUAGAAUUUGGCGGUGGUGGAUUCAAUGACGAGGGAAAAAUCUUCGCGGAGCCAUGCUUCGUGCGCCGAUGGCAACCACAGCUAAGUAAAGUUCUUGGAGAUAGAACACGGGAAGUGGACUGGAGACGAUCCUUUUAUCUCAACCUUGUAGUGCACACAACAUACACAUUAACAGUUUCGAUUUGUAGCCGAGAAGAGUUGCUUAGAUAUCGAAAUUCCUCCGGAAGUUCUCUGGAAUCCAUCUAUAAGAUCACAAAAAAUGUUUUUGCCUCGCCAAGCCGCUCAAAUUUUCAAACAAAGUCUUCAAAAGCUUCGGAGACGGUGUCAUCUUAUCCCGACAUUUACUUCUCGGUUGAUGAUCACGACGAUACGUUUGAACACCUGAUUCUUAAAAAUGAAGAUCAUUGUUACUGCGUUCUCCUUCACGCCACGGGAGGAGCGGCAUUUGGAUCCGGGAGACUUAUAAGAGGAAAGGAUGGUUCACGCUCGAGCGCAGUGGUGACAUUGUUUUCGGGAUUUGUAAGCUACGAAAUGGUGCGUUCCGCUUUUGAAAGUGGAAAAUUGAGCUUUGGAUUUUUACAUUUGGGAGGCAAGUCGGAGAGGCUUGUGAUGCGAGGGCCUGGUGGCCGUGGCGAAGUCGACGUGAUUGUUACAAGAGUACCAGAUCCCAGCGAGGAACCAGUCGAAGCACCAUCGCCAAUACCUUCGGAAAAGACUGGAGCAAAGCUUGGAAUCGGUACCAUCGUGCGAAAGGCGGCCGACGCGGCAAAGCACGCUUAUCUAGCUGCAUCGUCGGGGCCAAAUGAGGACUUGAUUCCACUCAGAUGCUCGCUUCUCUCGGUUUCACUCGACUGGGAGACACUAGCUCACGAUCUACUAUUUAAGGGCUUGUAAGCUUGUAUAGAAGCGAUGGUUUAGUCUCUCUGUGAUGUAUUCUCGAUCCAAAGGUACCAUUUUUCCAAAUGGUUUUCGAAGAAUUUGAGCUCCAACCCUUCCACGUCAGACGCAGCAUGGAUCUCUGCAUCGUCUCAAGAUCGGUACUUUCAGGAAUUUUCCAUCCUGCGUGUAUUCUGAGACCAGCGAGCAAUAAUCGAUCGUCGCCUCGGAGCGUUUCUCCCAGCAACACCCAAUCUUACCUCUUUGCCUAGGAGCUUCCAUUGUCAUCACCGAUCAAACUCUCCUAUGACAAUGGAAGCUGCCAGCGCCUUGCCUUGUGGCAUUGAGUGUCGCUUAACUCCAGUUCCGGAAGGCGCUCCACUCACCGACUUCACAGCGCCCACUAAAUUAGUUCUCUUAUUUAGUUGAAAAAUUGUUAAACACACAUUGACCUCUAACUAACUAAAAUUUGAUUAUAAAUAAUAACAAUUGUAAACUGCUAGAAA